UCACAGAUCAUAUUAGCUCUCUAUUUUCUCCCUCAAUAUUUUCCUUCUGCUUUCUUUCUCCUCUCCUCUCACUUCCAAGAACUUUCUUCCUAUUUUCUUUCUUUCUUUCUAUGGCUUGUAUUUUUCCUAAGAAGAAGAAAUCAAACAGCCCUAUUAGACGGCGAUGAUCAUCAUUCAUCAUUGUUGACCCCCAAAUUAAAACAACCCUAGAAACUGUUGAUCAGAUUCAUUCAAAUCUUUACCCAGUCAUGAAACCGAUUCAGCCACCACCAGCUAUGGCCACUGGCAACGCCAACGCCAACGCCAACGGUAAUCGAAGCCGUCCGCGAAGGCGGCCGGACUUGACGCUACCCUUACCGCAACGAGACCCCAAACUAGCUGUCCCUUUACCUCUGCCUCCAACAUCUAGCUCCGCUCCAUCAACAAGUCAUCAACAAACUCAAACUCGACAACUAAGCUUUUCUGACCUGGAUCGAAUCAACCGAAUAGGGAACGGCAGUGGCGGUACCGUCUACAAAGUGGUCCACCGUCCUACGGGUAGGCUCUUCGCCCUAAAAGUGAUAUAUGGAAACCACCACGAGGAUUCUGUUCGGAACCAGAUCUGCCGCGAGAUCGAUAUUCUCCGCGGCGUCAACCAUCCUAACGUGGUGAGAUGCCAUGAAUUUUACGAACAUGGCGGUGAGAUCCAAGUUUUAUUAGAAUUCAUGGACGGCGGAUCUCUAGAAGGGGCCCGUAUCGGGCAUGAGGCCCGCCUAUCGGAUGUUGCCCGUCAAAUCUUGAGUGGUAUUGCUUAUCUUCAUCGAAGGAAAAUAGUGCAUAGAGAUAUAAAGCCUUCGAAUCUGUUAAUUGAUUCGAAAAAGAAUGUGAAAAUUGCAGAUUUUGGGGUAAGUAGGAUUUUGGCACAGACAAUGGAUCCUUGCGAUUCAUCUGUUGGAACUAUUGCUUAUAUGAGUCCUGAAAGGAUUAACACAGACUUGAAUCAUGGGCAAUAUGAUGGAUAUGCAGGGGAUAUUUGGAGUUUAGGGGUUAGUAUAUUGGAAUUUUAUUUAGGGAGAUUUCCUUUUGCUGUUGGAAGACAAGGCGAUUGGGCUAGCUUGAUGUGUGCCAUUUGUAUGUCACAGCCACCGGAAGCACCACCCACCGCUUCCAGGGAUUUCCACCAUUUUAUUUCUUGUUGUCUGCAGAGGGAACCGGCUAGGAGAUGGACGGCAGUUCAGCUAUUAAAUCAUCCUUUUAUAUUAAGGAAUAGAGAGGUGAAUCAAAGUCUACAUCAACUGUUGCCUCCCCCACGACCUCUUUCUUCGUAGUUUUUUUAUUUUUAUUUUUCUUCCCCCACCCCCCACCCCCCCUUUUUUUUUUUUCAAAAUAUAUUAUUAUCUCAUGAUUUAUUUUGAUUUUGGUUUUCCCCUUUUGUUGCUAUUGUUAUUGCUGUUGUUAUUAGUUUUUUUUUUUCUUCGAUCCUUUUUUUGUAAUUUUUCAUAUGAUGGGUUAGAUUUUUAUUCUUAGGAGGAAUGGGGGCCUUGGGGUUCUUAUGUUUGGGUUUCAACUUUCAGUCAAGAAUGGUAUGGAACCUAUCUGUCCUUCAAUGAUAAAUUUUACCAUGAAAAAAGAAAUGGAAAAACUGCCUUCUAUUACUUGCCUCAAA